AUGACUGUCGUUUAUCUGCAAUUUUCACAGAACCCCGCCCCCGAGCAAUCUAUCAUCCUCGUCACCGAAGCCCUUCAAAAGAUCAACUCCGAUCUCAGCGAGUCCGAGCGAACUGAAGAUAGUGUUACCUUCACUUCUACCGAUCAUGAUGUCAACAUCUACGGCGAUAUAUUCCAAUCGUGGCUAGAUUCGGAUCCUCCAGUUGUAGAUACCUGGCGAAUGCUGUCAGAUAGUUGA